CUGAAAAACAAGAAUCUUAUGUAGGGCGACGUUAGCUAUAAGGCCGUGCGUAAUGUUCCCGACUAAACAGUAGGUAGUGCGGUCUUAAGGAAGUCGCACUUCUUAAGGUAACACAAAGAUGUUGGGACUGAAACUUAUUACACUGGGUUUAACUGUGACAACGGCAUUUUGCUGUAGCUGGGGAAGUUGGGGUUCAUGUAGCUAUAGCUGUGGAGGUGGAAGUAGAUCUCGCAAUGGAAGAUGUGGCCUCUGGGGAUGGCAUCAUACCUCUCAAAGUGGAAGAUGUAAUGAGUUCUGUUACAACGGAGGGUGGUAUUAUUCGGAUUCAUGCCAUUGCAAUGCUUGGCGAACAGGACGUUGUUGCCAAGUUUGCAGACAUGUAUACAUUGCCCAUUGCAAACCCGGCAAACAGGCAUGUGGCGGAAGCCCUGACAACAUAAAAUGUACAGAAUGUGAUGUAAACUACGUACCUGCAGGCUAUGGAAAUGGAUGUAAAACGUGCGCCCAUAGAUACCUGAUUGAUGGUGGUGUACCACGGUGUACUUGUUUUCCAGGUUACUUGCUCUCUUCUAACGGAUAUUCCUGCUAUGAUGUAGAUGAAUGUGCAUAUGGUAUUUCAAACUGUGACCAGAUCUGCACUAACACUCACGGAUCUUUCCAAUGUUCAUGUAGACCAGGUUUCCGGCUUAAUGUCGACGGUCACACAUGUUCUGACAUAGAUGAGUGUCUCUCUGGAGAAGCAAACUGCAAACAGAACUGUAUAAACACACCGGGCUCUUUCCAAUGUGUUUGUCAUCCUGGGUAUACACUAUCAACUGAUGGAUUUUGUAAAGAUAUAAAUGAAUGCAGUGCAAACAAUGGUGGAUGCAUGCAAACUUGUGUUAACAAGCCAGGAUCUUUCAAUUGUGAAUGCAGAGACGGGUACAGACUUGAAGCAGAUCAGAUGUCAUGCAUAGAUAUCGAUGAAUGCCUUGGUGUUACAUGCAAAAAUGGUGGAUCUUGUUUUAACAAUGUUGGCUCUUUUACGUGUUCAUGUAUAAAAGGUUUCACAGGAAUGCAUUGUGAGCAAGAUGUGAACGAAUGUGAAGGGUUCCUACGUGGUGGGUGUACAGAUAGAUGUAUUAAUACUCAUGGUUCAUUCCGUUGUGAAUGCAGUGGCAACACUACUCUAAACAGUGAUGGAAUGUCGUGUUCAGGUGGAGAAAACAAACCAAGCGUUUUUGUCCAACAUAGAAUCACGCGUCAACUUUUACCGAAGGGUUGUUUCACUAUAUUGUUGACAAGAUGUACGGACGGUGAAACAGUUGACGUAUUAAUGUCUUCAACGUCCCCCUGGUUCCAACUGCGAUCAAAUAAUGCCAUAAAAUAUACGUUUGGUAUUGUAUUUGUAGAGGUAAACACGCUGUAUCUACCCGUUUCGCUUACUGGAAUCAGAGUGGAACAAUCUAGUAACAAUUUUGCAAUAGUAACAGGUUCGCUUGCAUUGCAUGAUAUUGAUGGUGUAGCUAUUGGAAAUGAAAGGAAAGUUGAUUGUUUUAGUUUUACCACCACUCCACGCGAUAUUCACGACUUUCUUAUGUCUUCAUCAUUCUUGAAGUCCGUUUUUAAUAGUCUUGAGAAUAUUUUGCCAGAUUGGCUUAGGUUUUCCCAGACUGGAACAGACAUUUUAAGUAUAAAUGAUUUACAAACGGAACUUCUUCGGGGUAAUGAAAUUCAAACAGGCCCCUGCCAAGGAGCACCUUUGUACGAACAUCACCUAUACACGGUUUUGAAAUUUGGCAGCAGUUUUUCAAUAAAUUUAUACGGAGACGAAAUUUUGAUACCCAGGUUAAAUAAAAACACACAAUUUUGCUUGAUAAUUGACAUUUGCCAACAUUACGGCGGUUCAUGGUUUUUAAUCAUCCCAGAUGAAUCGAGAGAUAUAUUCAAAAACUUUAGAAUGAUAGACAUAUUCCGACAAUCGUAUGGUCUAGAUGUUCGGCCCUACGGAAUUGGGUUGUCUUUGCUUAAUCUUAUUAAUGUACCGAACCAUGGAAAGUCUCACAAACUUUGGCGUGGGGAUAGCUAUUUCAAUUAUCAGGUAUUACCAACAGCGAAUUUAUGGGCCGAUGUUGAUACUGUUUGGGCAACAAAUGGAGAUACCUUUUCAUUUGAACUAAGAACACGGUCGGAUAUUUUUAUAAAAACUCCCAGCAUAGAAAGUGUAUUCACGAGUAUGUUCUUUAAUGAAUGGGAUGCAUAUUUAGACAUGAACCUUUAUGCCACAUUAGAUAUAAAGUUUGAUCUAUUUGGGAAAAAGCAUGUGAUAAAUCUACAAAACAUAGGUGCAGGUGCCGCAACGGCAAUAGCUUCGAUUGGUGGGCAAAUGCAAAGAGAAUGGUGUGGCAUAAAUGCAAAUCCUCCAGGACUGUACAUGUCUUUAACUGUUGACGUCAAUCCAUUUCGUGAUAUUCCGAUUCUAAAAAACGGAUUUUUCGAUAUUAACAACUUAGUAUACGCUUUUAUCGCAACAGAUCCAUCUCAAACUAGCAGUAAUGGGGAUCAUAUAAAUAUUUUACAAGAGAUCGUUAACCUUAAAGAAACGGCAAACAAAUUCGUUAAUACAACAAUAAAAAAUGUAGCCAGUAACAUUUCUCUCCUUUUUAAUGAAUCAGUGGAAACGUUUGGGCAUUUAAUGAGCUCGGCUGAAUAUUUAGUUAUAAACCUUGACAAACUGGUGCAUGAAUUAUAUGAUAGUAGUGAAAUUAUUUUCACAAACCUUGUUAAAAAUGUAUCUGAUAUUUGGAGGAAUGGCUAUAAGCCUUUGCGAAAAAACGCCGAAAAAUUUCUUGAUUCCAUUGAACAUAAUUCAGCAAAUGCAAUACAUGAUUUUGCAAGCCCAAUAGAACAUGCUAUAAGUCAACUCAAGGCACAAAUUGGAAGUCCUAUAAUCACUUUGUUUUCACAAAUAAAAGAUUUGUACAACAAUCCUGUUGGAUUUGGGAUCCGAUAUAAGGGAUCUCUAGAAGUUUUCUUCAUAAAAAUAGUUGGUCUUGAAAUUGAACUUGUUUAUUCGGUAAAUCAACUUGGCAAAUGCGAUCGUUUUAAGAAGCUGUAUGAAUUACUAAAGUGUGAACGCGCACUGAGGAUAUAUGGCGUUAUUUCAUCGGGUCUUAUAAAAGUAUUACCUUUUAUUCGUAUGGAUGUCGGUGCCGGUAUUGGAGUAGCAAUAAGUUUUGACUCACCGAGCAAAGUGAUAGGACAAUUGCACGCAGAGGCUUCUGUUCUUGGUAUAACGUUAAAUUGCGAUAUAUUUCUGACGCCAACUGGACAUUACUUUUUCCUACAGGGAAAGAUCUGGAAUACUUUCAUGGCCGAACUAAAAGUAUCGUUUGAAAGCAACGAAAGUGGGGUGAAGACAUUUGAAGUUCUCGGAAGAUUUGUAGCAAAUGCAGGGGAAGGUGACUCAUUUCAGGACAGCUACUUAGAUGGAAUCCGGAAAAUAACACAAAAGAUAGCUGACGAAACUGAUCGUCGGAUAAGUCAAGUCCAGAAUGCAAUAAGCACUGCACAAAAUGCAUUAUCAAAGGCACAAGAAUGGCUUGAAAAUAAGAAAGCUAUUAUUUACAGUGCAAAUAAGGCUUUUGAUAGAGCAGUACAAGCAUUAGAGUAUGCAAAAGAUAGACUUGAAGCUGCAAAGAUUCCAUUUAGAAAUGCUUUGAGUGUUCUUAAUGAAGCUCAGAGAAAAGUUGACAGUUUAUGUAAAAUUAGGACAUGCAGAAGAAUUUGCAUUCCUGGAAUAUCAUGCCGCAUUUGUCGGUAUAGAGUAUGGGGAUUGAAGAUACAUUUUCCCUGCUGUCGUUUUACAAACUGCAUGCUUUCCUUCCCGGAUCCGUUUUGUGUUCUGUAUAAUUUAGGAUGUAUGGCCAUUAGAAGUAUUGCAUACAUUGCUUUAGAGGCUGCAAAGUUUUUUGUUCGCAUCCCAAUGGCUGCUUUGGAUGCCGCUAAAUUGUUGGUAUCUGCAGCUCAGUUUGCUGUUGACAAAUCAAGAGUUGUUCUUGACAUAGCGGUAGGUGCUCUUGAGCUCGCUCAAAUCGGACUAGAAGCUUCAAAAUUUGUGUUAGAAGGGGCCAAAUUGGCUCUUGAAGCAGUAAAACAAGUAGUCAACUGGGGAAUCAAAGUUAUAAAUUUCAUAAUUGAAUAUGGCAUUCAGAGCAUAAUCGAUGUAAAAAACUGUGGAUUUGGAAUUAAAUUUUCAACAAAACAAGCAACUGUAUUUCACGUAGAAUGUUAUAUAAAUUUGUUCCGGCAAGGCUUUAGAAAAGUGCGAAUUGGAAUAAACUUUGGUAGCCCAUUACAAAGUAUUUGGCAGGCGGCAAAAGGGACAAUAGACACAUUUGCUGACUUCUCUCAGCGCGAAUCAGAUAGGAAGAAACGAGAAGUAAAAUAUAAGGCAUUGUCAGGACUUCAUAGUGUUAUACGUAAAGUCAGAAACGCAGAUAGUACUUCAGAAGAUUUCGAUGGAUUUGUAAACGAUACAAUAGACACUGUUUUUAAUACAAAUGGUUUUAAGAGAAACGUUUCGGCAGGAGACUAUGAAAACAGAGUAGAACUAUUUCAGGAAAAAUGUUCAAUUAUGAACAAUGUAAUUGCAUUUUUUUCAGAAGCCAUACAUGUCCUAUUUGAAAUGACGAAUGAAACAACAAAUUCUCUUACCAAUGCAUCGUCGAUUGAAGAGUCUUUAGAGGAAUUUAAUAUUGAUGAUAUAGCGUCAAAUUUCUCAGUUGACACCGUUGGCAUCAAUACCGAUGAAGCGAUGAGUAACUUUAACAUAAGUGUAGAUGAUAUUAAUAUCGUUAUGCAGAAAACAAAAGAAAAUAUGACAAACGACCCUUUACUAUUAGGUAUAGGAAAUCUGACGAAGGAGGCCAAAACGGUUCUUAAGAAUCAAACAAAAGAUGCCAACAGUGUAAAUAUAAUUAACCACUGGAUACAGGCUAUGGAAAAUGCUACAUUUGAAUAUUUCACCAAUGAUAGCUGUGUAUCAUUUUUAGACUGCGCACAUUUUGCAGUUUCUCAAAUGUACGGACUUUUCGAUGCGGAAAAUGUUCCGAAUAUGUCACAAAGUUUAGAUGCAAUAUCUAGAUUUGAAGAUAAUAUUCUCGAUCUGUUAGGCAACACAACAUAUACCAUAAUAGAAGUUUAUAAUCUCACUGCCGAAAUUCAGAGGACACUCGAUGAAAUUAACAAUUAUGAUGUGUUCUGUUCUGAACCUCCAAAAUUAUUAUCUCAGCUUGGGAAUUACAAUGUGACAAAAGGAAGUACAUUGCAACUGUUUUGCAAUGUUACUGGUAAUCCAAAGCCGAAGAUUUGGUGGUAUCGUAGUGAUGAACAUUUACCAAACCAAAACAACCAGCUGCUUGAGCUAUAUGCCGUUACAAAACUGGACGAGAAUAAAUAUCAUUGUGUUGCUGGAAAUUUAAUUGCAAAUCUUACAUCAGAGUAUGGGGAAGUAUUUGUAUAUGAAAAUAGCCUCGAAGUACACACAAGCAACAACUCGACACGCCAAAAUGAUUUUAUAGACGGCAAUAUGAACGAAUCAACAGAUUCUGGAAGUCUCGUGAUAAUAUUGGGAACAACCUUUGGCGUUCUUCUUUUCAUCGUUGGUGUAGGAGCUGGAUUUGCAGCGCGCUUGCAUAUCAGGAAAAGAUCGAGAAAGAAAAAUGGGUUGACGUCUUUAACAAGUUUGAAUAUGGUGCGCCCAUCAGGUUCAAAACCGAAGUUUAAUACUAAUCUCGUUGCCUAUGAAGCAUCGUCGGAGUAGCAAACUAUUUGGAAAACAUUGUCGAAUUUCCAGAAACGAGUUAUGAAAUUAAAUUAACGAAAUAAUGUUACAGUUGAACAUAAAUAAUGUGUUGUCAUCUUACAUUAAUAAAUAAGAAUUUACAUAAUUCACUGAACUAUCCAUCUCAUAUUUUGGAAUGAAGUUUGCUUUUAAAGUCGACCUCUAGCCAUUUUAUGUACAUAUCCAGUUUUCAUGAUUAAUUACUUACAUUAUACCUCCUCGUUGCAAAUAAACGGUGUCAAAUUUAUUGCUUUACCUUAACCAAACAUAAAAGAGAUAUAAACUUGAUUUUUGGAAAUCAAGGCAAGAUCACAACGCGACCGUGAGUUUUAGAUUUGAUAAAUAUGAUAGGUAGUUUGAUAUAAUUAAAUCGCUUCAUAGACAGGCUUGGCGUCAGAAUACUUUUU